GCUCAGAACCCGAAUAUUUCAUUUUUAGCAAGAGUUGAUCAGACUGCUCAAGAAAUUCUCGUGAGAAGAAGCACUGUGUGCCAUUAUUUCGAGAGAAUCAUCAGCAAUUUUCUCUCGCAAAGCAAGGGCGCGGUGUUUAAAUUACUCAAUCCCACACCAUUUAUUGAUUAUGCAUACCCUCGAUUUGAUUUUUAAAUCCUGGUCUCUGUUAUCAUCGUCGACCAUGACAUCACCUUCGGCUGCCCCGCGCGUUUUCUAUAGCUAUCCAGACUAACAUCCUUAUCUUUUAUACAGUUUGAACCCAUUGAUAUACCUCACAACUCUGGUCAUUAUGGCGCCCCGUUCUCCAUUGGCUAUUGCUACCUCGUCUGUUCAACGCCUUGUCAAAGAGGAAGCCUCCUACCACCGCGAGCUUCAACAGCAGACUGAACGCGUCCGACGACUAGAAACCGAGCAGGGAGAUGACGAAGAUGGCAACAGAGAGUUCACAUUGAAGCAAGAACGUCUUGCUCUGGAGGAAACCAAAAAUGUUCUCCCGACUCUAAAAACCAAGAUCCACGAGGCUAUCGCGAAACUAGAGGCUUUACUGGUCGAAGAAGGCAAGAAGGGAGCCGAGAGCGACGUCGAGCAGAUCAACGCUGGCAAGGAGGCGAUCUCAAAGGCCAAGACAGCGGAGAGAGAGGUGUCUUGAUUGAGACUUGAGUCCGUUUUCAUGUACAGAAAAGCGAAGCCGACGAUUGUAAUUCGAAAGAGAAACGAAAAAAAAAAA